AUGUCAGGCCAGCGGGGGGACGCCGCCGCCGACGAUGGCUACCUCGGCGAGAUGUGGGCGAACUUCCACGAGCUCAGGAGGAAGCAUGACGAGACCGAUGACCAACCUUUCCGCGCGCCGGGCACGAUCGAGAAGCGGGAGGCGAACGAGCGCUUCUUCGUAGCGUUCAUCGUCAAGUACCUCGACCUCGCCGACGAAUGGGACGAAGCCACAAGCGCUCGGCUCGCCAGGCUGAAGGACCCGGCGCUCGUUCGCGAGGCCAAGGACAAGGCCGUGACCGAGAACUACUUCUCCAAGGGCGGCAUUCCGCUUCCGAGGCCCUUCUGGAAGCUCGUCGCCCAGGCCUGCACCUUUAGCCGUCGCCAGGACCCGUACACCGCCCGGCGCAAGGUCAAGGAGGAGACCGCCGUGCAGCGGUUCAAGGGCGUGGUGACGCUCUACCGCCAGAAGGUGCUUCGUGAGCCAGGCAUCGAGAUCGUCGCCGAGUGUUAUGCCUUGAUCCGGAAGAUGCGCCUCGACGACGCUGAGCGCACCAUGGUCGCCACCAUGGGGGACGUCUACCGCUUCUUCCGCGAGGCCGUCUUCUCCCCGCUCGCCCACUACAAGCACCCUCUGGAGAGGCUGCAGCAUGCCAUCGUCCUGUCCUUGACGCUCUUUACGGCGUCGAGGCCUGGCGAGCUGGUCCUCUCGCCGGGAUGGGGCGAUGCUCUCAAGUGGAAAGAUGUGGAUUUUUUCCUCUGCUACGAUGAGGCCGCCGACAGCUUCUUUGUCACCAUCGAUACGUUCCUGCUCGUCACGGCCGCCAUGGUCGACGGCAUCAUUGUUGGGGUCAAGAGCUGGUCGGACCUUCUCGAGAUGGACAAGGACAUGUUCCUCGCUAGCGCCGAACAGCCGGCGGUCGGCAGCAACGACGCCCCCCACCUCCAACUCUCCGUCGAUCGCACCAAGGCCGAGACCUUCGUGCUGCGCGGGUUCGACCGAGGCGAGGACGGGGCCUGGACGCGGCACGACGAAAAGGCGUGGACCUCGCUCCAGGCGCAGGUGCUCAACCGGAGCAACCGCGACCUGGCCUCGAUGCCCCUGUUCACGUACUACUGCCUGCGGCGCGCCGUCGGGACCGCGAUCAACACGCCCGAGGUGACGGAGGUGGACGCCCAGAACACGCUUGGCCACCGUCGAGGCACCGCCACGUUCGCGCGCCACUACGUGUCGAAACGGGCCGAUAUCAACUUCCAGGACUUGCUCCUGGGCCGGUCCGAGUCCCACCGUUCGCUCAAGCGUCCCUCCUCGCUCGUCGUCCGGCGCGAAAGGCUGACCCUCGAGGAGGAGCGGGCGGCCUACGCCGCCUCCGAGCCCCUGCAACGCCUCGAGGCGGAUAUGGAUGAGCUCGUCGGCGAGAUCGAGGCCGACCAUGGAUCCAUCCCGGCCUUCCAGAGGGCGGCUGCGGCCGACCCUAGCCUCGAGGAGCGCGUGCGACGCCUGCAACGGCUCCGGAGGCGACGGCUCGUCCUCAUGGGUCACGCGUCCAUCGAGGCGCAGCAGGAGAAGGGGCGCAAGCGCGAAGCGGAAAAGCAUGCCAACCUCUUCGCCGAAAGCAGGACGCUGCUCGAAAAGUCUAGCCUCGCUGCUGGCCCCAGCGGCACCUCGGGAGGCAUCGCAGCGUCUGCUGCCACCUCGACCGCCGAUGCCAAUGCCCCGGCCCUGCCCGCCGCCGCCGCCGCCGCCGGUUCCGAGCACGUCGACCCCGCCUUCGACGAAGACGGUCGCAUGACGAACGCCGAGAUUGUCCGAAGGAUCCUUCGCGAUUCGGAGCUCGACGUCGACCCGGAGCUCGACCAAGAAACUGGUACCGGCGGCGCCGAGGUCGACUUUGGCCUUGCCGACGUCCUCGAAGACAUGGACACGACAGAGUGGGUCGCAGACGACGAAGACGACGAAGACGACAACGCCGGUGAAGACGUCGCCGACGUCGACCAGGAUGAGAUCGGCGACGACGAAGAAGCAGAAGCAGAAGCAAAAGCAGAGGACGACGACGACGACGACGACGACGACGACGACGACGACGAUGAUGAUGAUGACAACGAGGGCCACGGCAACCCGUCAUCGACCAAGCGCAAGAGGACCGGGACUGAUGCGCUGGACACGGGCCCCGGGGCCGGUCCCAAGCGCAAACGGUCAUCGCCUGACGACAAGGGCAAGGGCAAAAGCAAAGCCACCGACGCGCCGAGUCCUGCCGCACCCCGGCCGUUCUCGUCCAACCCCGACUGCCGAGCCUUGGUCCUCAGGUCCUGCCUCGACGAGAUCCGGCAGUCGACCUUCGGCGACACGCCGCCGACCGACUUCGGCAAGCUCUUCGAGGGCAAGACCGGCUGCACCCCCGACGAGGCGGUCGCUGUGAUGCUGGAAGGCUCCCUCGGGUGCCGAGUCUCCGUGUGGGUGAGCAGAUGCCCCGGAUGCGGCCAGCAGCCGCGCGGGGGCGGCGGCGAGGUCAAGGCCGUCGACCAUGUCAUGCACUGCUACGGUCCGAGGCUCGUCGAGGCCGUGUACCUGGCCGCCGCCGCAGCCACGAUCGACGAGACCGAGUGCCCCGCCGGCGCGUGCGCCGCAGCCCUGCCUCCCGCCCGCGACACGCUGGUGGGGGCCAAGGCCUACGCUGCCCACCUCGAUCAUCACCUGGGCCUCAGCGCGCCGAUUGGGCUGCUGAGAUGCCGGGCAACUCGAGACGACGGGACGACGUGCCCAUACGUGCCGGGACCCGACCUUACCCAGAAGUUCUGCGCCACCGACAACCAGAUUGCCGACCUCCUCUGUCAUCUCGAGACGGAACACGGCAUCCUUCGUGCUACGGAGGAGACGGUCACGUUCUGCAAGGUCCACAAAAACCUCGCCCCCCACAUCAACACCAUCCACGUGCUCCGGGCGGCGGCCCGGGAACGCGAGUGCUUCUGCGGAGGCAAGAUGGCGGCGGACGCGCUCGCAGACCACCUCAUCGCCGACCACGACAUCAAUCUCGCAGGACAAGCCGGGCGCAAGACGUUGAAGCUGACCAGGGGAGAUCAUUCGGUCCUUAAAGGCGUGAACAAGACCAACCUCGCCUCCUUCAAUGCCUUUGUGAAGGACCCGAAGCAGGCCAACGUGAACCUCGACGUCUUCAACAAGGUCCGCUACGGCUUCGAGCAGGCCUGGCGCCGAGACCAGCAAGCCGUGCUCUCGGCGCACAAGAGAACCUCCCAGGCUGCGAGGGAGAAGAAGCGAGCACGCGACAAGAAGGGCAAGAAGGGUUAG